AUGGCAAGGCAGAUGCCUAGGAUUCCCAAUCAGCAUGGAAUUGCAACUCGGAUGCACUUGCCAAAAGAGCCUCAUUUUCUUGCACGCAAGUGGUACUUCAGUAAACAAGAAAUUGAAGAUUUUUCCCCUUCUAGAAAGGAUGGUAUCGACCUUGAUGAAGAGUCUCAAUUACGGAAGCUGUACUGCUCGUUUAUCAAAGAGCUUGGCAUGAAGCUUAAAGUGCCCCAGGUGACAAUAGCAUGUGCAUUGAUAUUGUGCCACCGGUUUUACAUGCGUCAAUCUCAUGGAAAGAAUGAUUGGAAGACAAUGGCAUCUGCAAGCAUGUUUCUUGCUUGCAAACUGGAGGAAACCCCGCGCUUGCUGAGGGAUGUUGUUGUUGUGGCUUAUGAGCUGAUGCACAGAUGGGAUCCUUCUGCCUCAUAUAGAAUCAGGCAAAUAGAAUUUUGCGAUAAACAGAAGGAAUUGCUUGUAAUUGGAGAGAGGCUUUUAUUGACUACAAUUGGUUUUGAUCUUGAUGUCCAUCUCCCCUACAAGCCACUUGUAAAUGCUUUGAAGAAAUUGAACAUAUACCCGGAUCUUGCAAAAGUAGCAUGGAAUUUUGUGAAUGAUUGGCUUUGCACAACUUUGUGCUUGCAGUACAAGCCCCAUUACAUUGCAGCUGGUUCCAUGUAUCUUGCUGCCAAAUUACAAAAGGUGAAACUGCCUACAGAGAAGGAAAAGGUUUGGUGGCUGGAGUUUGAUAUUUCACCUAAACAAUUAGAAGAGGUCAUCCAACAGAUGGCCAGGUUGUUAGAGCAAGAUCCAAAAAGGGCUCUUCCUGCAACACAUGGUAGGGUUACACAAUCCAAAGCUUCUGCCGAAAAGAUGGUCACCAGUAGUCCACAAUCAACUGUUACAAGUGUAUCAAUGGCUAAUUCACUUGCUAGCGAUGGGGCUGUGAUGGAAUCUACAUCCUCCUCUGAGAGAGACACCAGCCUGAAUGAAGUUUUACCAUGUCAAACAAGUGAUAGUGUUGCAAGCAGUAUUGUUGAGGAUGGUGAUGGUGACGGGGAGAAUCAGCUAAGAACUGGGGACUGUGAUUUGAGUUCCAGCAAUGUUCCCCCAGCUUAUAAUUCCUGUUGCAACAUUGAUGUCAACCGGAUUAGAGAGACAUUGAAGAGGCGGAGAUGCCAGAUAGCUGCAAAAAACAGAGCUUCAUUGUCCAAUGAAGCCAUGGAUGCUGAAUUAGAUACUGAAACCUGGAUAGAAAGAGAGCUAGAAGAAGGAAUAGAUUUGCAAACUGCUCCUUCAGAAAAGAAACGAAGGAAGGUUUGA